AUGAGCAAUAUGGCGCCCAAAUCAUGUGCCAACUGCAAGAAGACAGCCGCUGAUUGUGGCCUGGCAAGUCUCCAGCAAUGUUCCAAAUACAAGACAACAGAUUAUUGUGGCCGCGAUUGCCAGAAGGCCGAUUGGAAGACACACAAGAAGAUUUGCGCACAACAAGCCAAUGCUAACGCCGGAUUCCCGCCAAACACAACCCACAGCACCAACUACUCAGCACCUCGCAUGAAGUCCCUUGAGCAGCACGUGCCAGAUCCGUUCGCGCGACUAGAUGAUGGCAAGUAUCUGCACGACUGUCCAGAGAAAGAUGUCUAUCGGCUACUGAUCGAUACAUUCCGCAUGUGCUCCGAGGAUGAUAUGAAGCUUGAGAACAAGCCUACGCCCAACAGCAUCUACACCGGGAACCCUUCAAGCAUCGAACCAUUCAAGAAGUUUCUUGGUCAGGCGGCCACCAGGAGGGAUCUACUGCCUCCAUGGUGGGAUGUUGAACACCGUGCCGAAUGCGAAAAGUUCGCUGAGAGCGGCGAAUGGAACGACGUACGGAAUAAGGUUUCAAAAGCCCAGAUGGUUCAGCACUAUGGUGAUGACAGGGCACCGAUGCAAUUGAGGGUGUUGGCUGAGGCAGUGUACGGUGUGCAAUCGAUGGGUCAGAACGGUGCAGGGAUGCGCAAGAUGAUACGUUCCAUGGAGUCGGGUGGUCCUGGAAACGGUAACGUUAUGAGCAUGAUGGACAUUAGCAGGAUGAUGGGUGGCAUUGGCCGCUGA